AUGUCCAGUGAAAAUAAAAAAAUUACCAUGCAACAGAAGGUUGCUAUGGUAGAUUUCAUGCAAGAGAAUUACUCAUUUUUAAUGGGCCAAUUCUCUUCCAUGGAAGGGCGAAUGAAGAAGAAUCUGAAGUGGAAAGAAUUUGCCGAUGUGUUGAACAAACUCGGACCACCGACAAAAGAUCUAGCUAAGUGGAAAAAAUCGUGGUCAGAUAUGAAGAGUGAAACGAAGAAAAAAUUCCAAUUGAAGCGUCAAAAUCUUCAUACAAGCGGCGCUGGUCCGAUCGAUGUCGUUUUUUCUCAGUUGGAUGAAAGAAUUGUUCAAAUUUGCGGAAAAAAAGCUAUGGAUGGUGAUGCCGACAUCAACGAAAUUGGUUUUGAUUCGAAAAGUAGCGGCGAGGCCGAUGACGAUGGUGAUGUAGAUGACGUGGUUUACAUUGAAAGUGAGCAGAAAACUUUGACACCGCUGAAGACGCCGAGCAAGAAGACACCGCUAAAAACGUCUCAACACAAGGUUACAUCAUCGAUGUCACGAAAACGGUUGUUCGAGGAAAAUGACGAUGCAUUGAGCGGUUUUCCUGAAGAUGACGACACAUCAAAAACACCCACAAAACGUUCAUACCGAUCGCAAAAUAAUCAAGUCGAAUUGGCUCUUUCUCAACAAGAAAAGCAAAAUAUGCUCUUGGAACGAAUUGUUGAGCAAAAUGAUGGAAUUCUGGAUGAACUGAAAAAGAUGAACGGACAACUAUCCACUCAAAGCAAUAGUCUCUUCCGUUAUUAG